GAACUGUGUGAAAAAAAAAACAGAGCAGUGUAAAUAGUCGGAAAUGCCGCGAGAUAUUUAUUCGCUUAAGGUGAGUGAGCUAAAGGCUGAGCUCGCGAAACGAGGAUUGCCGACGCGAGGUAAUAAAGCCAGCCUUUUAGCGGAAUUAAUAGAAGCCCUCACGAACGAAGGAUUCGACCCGGAUACCUACGAAUUCCCGGAAGCGAAAGAAUUAUCGGAUGACUCGGAAACUGAACAAUCCCCCGAGCAGGCGCCAACCAAAACCGACAAAAUAAUGGAAAUGCUGUCAGCUAUGACAUCGACGAUGAAUCAACGACUCGAGCAACAAACUGUAUCGAUAAAUUCAAUGACAUCAGCGAUGAAUCAACGAUUCGAGGAGCAAUCAACAUCAAUAACAGCAUCGAUAAAUCAACGCCUCGAAGAACAAACUGUGUCGAUGAAUCAACGAUUCGAGGAGCAGGCAACAAAGACGACGGUUAUUACAGAUCAACUGGCGAAAAUCGAUUCGAGGUUCUGCGAAGUCCGCUAG